AAAAGGAAGAAAAAAAAAAAAACUCCGAAAAAGCCGGUCAUAAUGCCAACCGCCGAGGGAACAUGGCCGCCGACGGCCCGCAUUUCAGUACAGGCCCGUGAGGCCCUCACCCAGAAGCGGAAUUUCUACCCGUCACACGGGUUCAUGAUCAGCGCAGGAACGGUGACCGUGGACAUGGAGACGAAGCAGGCGCUCCUCGUCUUCAAUAAGCGACAGGGGGUCUACCAGCUCCCCAAAGGCCGCAAGGACAUCGGCGAGGACCUUCUGACGUGCGCGGUGAGGGAGACACUGGAGGAGACGGGGGUGCAGGCGACGCCGUUGGCGCUCAAGGUCGCGACUCGGGCCACUGUCGCUAGGGAGGAGGAGACUGUAGAGGACACCGACGGAAGCGCAUACGGCAAUGGAGAUUUGUUGUUGGGUGGAGCCGGAGGGCACGGAGGGGACGGAGGGGACGGGAUUGUCGGAGAAGGGCUGACGAUGGGGAGAUACAAUUUCGAAGCAGCGGCGUGCUGUCAGUACAUGGACCUGAAGACCAUGGCGAUGAAGAUGGUUUUUUACUAUGCUGCCACGGGGGACAGCAGGGCGGAACCGAAGGCUCUUGAAGGACCGGAUGAGGGUCUGUUCGAGAACGUGUGGACCGACGUGGAGUGGGCGGCGGAACGGUUGACGUUUAAGGAAGAUGGCCAGGUUGUUAAGAAGGUUCUGGCGGAUAUGAGGCGGUCCGGCUAUGAUAUCUAAGGGAGCAACGGCUUGAGGAGCAUGUUCGUGGGAGCAUGCGGCGAUGAAGGGUUUGACAGCGGGUAUGUGAAGGAAAGGGAACCGGAUGUUCGAGUUUGGGGGUUUGAUUAAAAAAUGUACACUAAGGUACUGAUCCCUGGCCCCUCGCCCCUCGCUUGUUCCGAUUUUUGACCUCUGUAACUCCAGUGUUACAAGUAAUUUCUUCCUCCGUACUCUGUACAACGUACUCGAAAAUGAUUGCCGGGUUUCAGG